CCUCCGAACUCGCUGCGGGAGCCAGCGGCGGCGCGGAGCUCGUCGCGGGGAGUAAGAGCCCGCCCGCAGGGCGAUGGGGCUGGGCUUCGUGGCCCUGCUGCUGGCGGUCUGCGCUCCACUCCGGAUGCAGGCGGACAAGCCGGGUGAUGGCUGUGGGCACAUAGUGACCUAUCAGGACAGUGGCACAAUAACAUCCAAGAAUUAUCCAGGAACUUACCCCAAUCAUACUGUUUGUGAAAAAACCAUCACAGUCCCAAAGGGGAAGAGACUGAUUCUGAGGCUGGGAGAUUUGAAUAUUGAAUCUCAGACCUGUACUUCUGACUAUCUUCUUUUCACCAGCUCAUCAGAUCAAUAUGGUCCAUAUUGUGGGAAUAUGGCUGUUCCCAAGGAAUUCUUAGUGAACACAAACAAAGUGACUGUCCGCUUUGAGAGUGGAUCCCACAUUUCCGGUCGGGGUUUUUUGCUGACCUAUGCUAGCAGCGACCAUCCAGAUUUAAUAACAUGUUUGGAACGUGGUAGCCAUUAUUUCAAGACAAAGUACAGCAAAUUCUGCCCAGCUGGUUGUAGAGACAUAGCAGGAGACGUUUCUGGGAAUAUGAUAGAUGGCUACAGAGAUACCUCUUUAUUGUGCAAAGCUGCCAUUCAUGCAGGAAUAAUCACAGAUGAACUAGGUGGCCAGAUCAAUGUACUUCAGCUCAAAGGAAUAAGUCAUUAUGAAGGAAUCCUGGCUAAUGGUGUGCUCUCCAGGCAUGGCUCCCUGUCUGAAAAGUGCUUUCUGUUUACUGCCAAUGAAACGAAUGUUACAACAGUGGCUGUUCCAUUGGUGCUCCUUGUUGCCCUUCUUCUGGCUGGAAUGGGGAUCUUUACCGUCUUUAGAAAGAAGAGGAAGAAAGGAAAUCCAUAUGGAUCACCUGAGGCUCAGAAAUCAGACUGUUGGAAGCAGGUGAAAUUUCCCUUUGCCAGACAUCAGUCAGCUGAGUUCACCAUCAGCUAUGACAAUGAAAAGGAGAUGACACAAAAGCUGGAUCUUAUCACCAGUGAUAUGGCAGACUACCAGCAGCCUCUCAUGAUUGGUACUGGGACAGUUACAAGGAAGGGCUCCACCUUUCGGCCCAUGGAUACUGAGGCUGAAGAGUCCGGGACCAACCCUGGGGCCAGCGAUCACUAUGACUGCCCUCCCCACAUCACCCAUGAGUAUGCAAUGCCCUUGACCCACCCUGAGCCUGAGUAUGCCACGCCCAUCUUGGAGCGGCCCCUGCCAUGCAUGCACAUUUUCUCAGCACUUGGCUACCGAGUCCCUGGACCCCAGGCCAUGCAAAAACACUCCCUGUUCUCCCCUGCCACGGGUGUCACCACCCAGAGUUCAGACUAUCAGAUGCCCCAGAGCCCCAAGCCUGCAGACAGGGCCUAUGACAAGCCCACGGCCACAGCCACAGAGAGCAGAGACCCCACCCCACAAAAGCCACAGAUGAAGACUGCAGGGAAUGAUGGUUACUCUGCCCCCAGAAACUGCCUCCCACCCCUCAACCAGUCAGCCAUGACUGCUCUUCUGUGAACAUGAAAGGAAUGAAACCUGCUAUGCUGCUGAGCUAUGGCUGCUGCGAGUCACUGGAGGAAGGUUUGUGCAGGGACCCAGAGAUAACCUCACUCAUUGUUUACAAAACUGUGCAGCUGGUUUUGUCCUGAGUCUUCUGGCGAAAGCCAGUCUGCUAUCAAUGGGCUAGAAAAUGAAAACUUUCAAGUGACAUUUUCAUUGUUCUAACUGUGAUAGUGAGCUGCUUCAAUGUGAAAAAUGCAAUUUGUGUAGUUAUAUUUAACAACAAAGUGACUUAGGUUGCUCGGUCAGACAGUUCUUCACAGAGCUAACUGGAAAAUGCUUGGGUUAAUUUCUCCAUUACUAUUGGUUUUCUAAUAUUGUCCACAGCAGGCCUAUUUGAAACUCAUUUUGUGGCUCACUUUCUUUUCUUUGAUAACUAUAUCAGAAAUAUUUUUCCAUUCUCCUGGAAGAAAUGAGAUUACUUGAAAUAUGAAAAGCAUGUGGGAGUGUUUUGUUUAGUCACCUCAGUAGCUAUGUUUUCCUUAGACUAUUGCACAUAAGUCCGGUGGCCCAGCAUCCUAUAGCCUGCUGGGAACUUGCUGUGCCAGACCUGAAGGAAUGGGCUCUAAGGAACUGGCCUUCACAGUUGGCUUCCUCCUCACCACAAGCCUGGCAAACAUUAUGUAGUGUUCAGAUAUGAAUCUGACCUUACAAACUGCAAAGCCAAGUGCUGAGGCUUACCAGAAAGCAACAGUGUUGUCUCAACUUGUAAAGAAGGUGGCAUACCAUGGAGCCUUCAUUACUGUCAAAUGUUUCUGUGCCUCAGCUCAGAAACCCACACUUGUUAUAACUUUGUUCAGAAAUGGUGCAUGUUAGGGAGGUUCAUCAUCCCCUGGGGGAGGGGGAAGCCAUGUGAAAUGUGUUCUUACAAAAAUGACCAGUGCCAAGUCUAGUACUUUUCUGCUAAGAUGAUUGAUAACUGAAAAGCAAUUUUCUCCUGAAUGUGUGUCUGUAUUUCUAGAGUAGCUCUGACCUCAGCUGUACCUCAUGUUCACUGUUUGUUUUUUUUCUGAGUUUGCUUUGUGCAUUAACUGUGGUGGAUUCUUUUGCCAAAGAGGAAAGUAUAUGCUUUGUUUUUAAUUGAAAAUCUGAACCAAAAGAUACUUUCCUUAAAAAAUGUAUUAUGACCCUAUUUGUAUGAUUGCCACUUUCUAAAAAAUGUAUUUGUUAAAAUAGCAAGGGUGCUAGAAGGUCAUGGCAGGCAAACUAUUGAUUAUUGUAUAAGUUAAACUAUUUACUUUGUGGAGUUUACAUAAUUUUAUGUGUAUACUAAUUAUAAUAAAUAUGCCUAAUCAGA